AUGCUGACAAAGUUCUACCAGCAUGUCCUGGCUUUGGUGUUUGCUAUAGAUGAGAUCAACCAGAACCCCAAGAUCCUGCCCAAUGUCACUCUUGGGUUCCACAUCUGUGACAGCUACUACAGUGUCCAAAUGACCUAUCGUACAUUGUUGGAUCUCCUGUUUAAGUCACACAGAUAUUUUCCCAACUAUGAAUGUGGUAUUCAGAAGAAUGUAAUGGCAGUCAUUGGGGGACUUAGUUCUGACAUCUCCUUCCAUAUAGCAGACAUCUUAGGUCUUUACAAGAUACCACAGCUCACCUAUGGCUCAUUUGCCCAAGAGGAGAGUAAUACAAGACAGUCCCCUACGUUUUUCCGCUUGGUCCCGAAUGAAGUCCAUCAAUGCACAGGAAUUAUGAAAUUACUUCAGUAUUUUGGAUGGACCUGGGUCGGGCUCUUUGCUGUGGAUGACAACAGUGGAGACAGCCUUCAGCGAGCUUGGGAUUUCCAGUUCUUCCAAGGGGCACUUUCCUUCAGAAUUCACUCAAAUGAACUUUUAGGGUUCCACAACUUUCUGAAAAAAAUUAAACCAUAUUGGAAUAUAAAAGAUGGUUUUCUCAAGGACUUUUGGGGACAAGCAUUUGGUUGUUCAUUACUAGACCCCCAGGAUGCAGAGAUGGAUGAUGCAUUAUGCACUGGGGAGGAGCACAUGGACAGCCUUCCAGGGCAUAUUUUUGAAAUGGGCAUGAGUGGCCACAGCUACAGCAUCUACAAUGCUGUUUAUGCCACAGCACAUGCUUUGCAUGCCAUGUACACCUCUAUGUUGAAGUACAGAGCGAUAUUACGGAGCAAAAGACUUGAAUUUCAUGAUUUGCAUCCUUGGCAGCUGAAUCCAUUUAUUCAAGGUGUUUCAUUUAACAACUCAAUAGGUGAACCUGUGUCUUUUAUGGAAAACUGGGAAAAGGGGGAUGGAUUUGACAUCAUGAACUUGGUAACGUUCCCAAACAAGACUUUUGUCAGAGUGAAAGUUGGAAGUGUGAAUUCCAAUGCUGCCGAAGAACAAGUAUUCAUCCUUCAUGAGGAGAGAAUUGUGUGGCAGACAAAUUUCAACCAGGGGCGGCCCAUUUCUGUGUGUAAUGACUUCUGCCACCCUGGUACCCAAAAGAAAAAGAAAGAAGGGGAGAAAUUUUGUUGCUAUGAUUGUGUCCUUUGCCCAGAAGGGAAGAUUUCAAGCCAGCAAGAUAUGGUUAAUUGUAUCAAAUGUCCAGAAGAUCAGUAUUCAAGCAAAGACAAAGAUGGAUGUAUCAACAAAGUGAUAACCUUCUUGGCAUUUGAAGAACCUUUAGGAAUCACUUUAGUUUUGCUUGCAGUUUCUUGUUUCCUGAUCACAGCCUUCGUGCUAGGAGUUUUUAUUAAGAACAAAGAUACCCCCAUAGUCAAGGCCAACAACCGAGAUAUCACCUACAUGCUCCUCGUCUCCCUUCUGCUCUGCUUCCUCUGUUCUUUGCUUUUUCUUGGAAAACCAAGCAAUGUGACCUGUUUCAUCCGACAAUCUGCUUUUGGUAUUGUCUUUUCAGUGGUUGUUUCUUGUGUGCUGGCCAAAACCAUCACUGUGGUUCUAGCUUUUAUGGCCACCAAACCAGGAUCUGGCCUGAGGAAGUGGGUUGGGAAGACACUGGCGAACUCUAUUGUCCUUUCCUGCUCCCUUGUGCAAGCAGGCAUCUGUAUGGUGUGGCUAGGAACCUCUCCCCCCUUCCCAGAUUUAGACAUGCAUUCCAUGGCUGAGAAGAUUGUAGCAGCAUGUAAUGAAGGGUCUGUGGUCAUGUUUUAUGUUGUCCUGGGUUACUUGGGACUUUUGUCUCUCAUAAGCUUGACUGUGGCUUUCUUUGCCAGGAAGCUGCCCAACAGUUUUAAUGAGGCCAAGUUCAUCACUUUCAGCAUGCUGAUCUUUUGCAGUGUUUGGAUGUCCUUUGUUCCAACCUACCUGAGCACCAAAGGGAAAUAUAUGGUAGCUGUGGAGGUCUUCUCUAUCUUGGCCUCCAGUGCUGCAUUACUGGCUUGGAUCUUUUCUGUUAAGUGCUACAUCAUUCUUCUGAGACCUGAUCUGAAUAGCAGAGACCAGAUAAUUAGGAGAAAGAAUUAA